AAAUUCCAUUGCAAAAUACUUCAAACCACAGCCUGUGUGACAUUAAUGGUCCAUUUGUGCAUUAGACGUUUUGCAUAAACUGCAGUCACCCAGAGGUACAUUUAUUGCAGACAUGGGAUGGACCUAUUGUGUUAUAUGGUUUCUGUGUUUGCGCUGGCUGCUACUCGAAUCUCAACCUGUAAUGCAUGGAGAGGUCCAUUCCCCUCAGUAUCCCCUGCCUUACCUUCCUAACCUGCUGAAGCAAUGGGACCUCUGGGUUCCUGAGGGCCACCAGAUCCAGUUGUCCCUAACCCAUCUGGAUAUUAAAGCUUCUUCAGGCUGUUAUCAAGACUCUCUGACGGUUCUCUACGAUCAAAAGGUCGUGGGGAAGUUUUGUGGACAGGAAAAUUCAAGUCAUCACCCAGGCAAAGUGCCAAUCCUUUCUCAAGGCAACAGAUUGACUCUCAUAUUUCAAACAAGUGACUCCUCUGCGGAGCUCCAACAGCACAUUGGUUUCUCUGCUACCUACGAGGCAAUAGACGUGGAUGAGUGUUCAAAAUCGGACCCCGGUCCAGGCUCGCUUCCUCUCUGCUCUCAGAUCUGCAUCAACACCCCCGGUUCUUACCACUGCUCCUGCCACUAUGGUUACAAACUUCAUUUAGACCAGCGCACAUGUUUGUUCUCCUGUGGUGGUAAUAUAUUUGAGCAGCAUGCAGGACAUCUGUCUAGUCCAAGGCACCCUCGCCCCUCACCACCAUUUCUGUCCUGCAAGUACAUCAUCUCUGUGGACCCCAGAUUCAUUAUCACUCUAAACUUCACUGACAACUUCCACAUAGACAGCGUGGACACUCAGCAAGGUCCCAGCUGUCAACAUCACUGGCUGCAGGUGACCAUCCCAGAUAGAGAGCCCAUGAAGCUGUGUGGUGGAAAGAGUCCAGGUCUGAUAGCUACAAAUUCCAGUUCUGUCAUACUGGACUACCAUACUGAUGAUGAAGGCCUGAGUCACGGCUGGAGCCUGGACUACAGCACAAACGUAAAUGAUUGUGGAGAACCAGAACCUUUGAUGAAUGGAGGGGUGACCUUCCUGUCUGGCUUUCAGAAUCAGUACCGCUCUGUUGUUCAGUAUCACUGCAAUGAACCAUUUUACUCUUUCCCAGGGGGUGUAAAUGUUAGUUUAACCUGUAAAGGAGAAGGAAAGUGGACAUCCAACACCAACAAUGUCACUCCAACAUGUAUACCUGUCUGUGGUCAGCCCACAACACUCAUCUCCACCUAUCAGAGGAUCAUUGGAGGCAGUGAAGCUCCAGACAAUACCAUCCCCUGGCAAGUGCUACUGACUAUAGACGGAAUACGGGUUGGAGGAAUGGUGAUUGCAGACCGCUGGAUUAUGACUGCAGCUCAUGACCUAACACAUAACAGAAAACCAGUAUCAAAUGAGACUGUACGGAUUUACAUGGGCCGUACUGAUGUUAAAUCCCUGAUGGGUUGUCCUGUUUUGGUUGGUUCAAUCCACAUUCACCCUGAAUACAACAACCCGAAUGGCUUAGACUUCAACAAUGACAUUGCCUUGAUCAAACUGCAGGACACAAUCACAUUCAACUCAUCGAUUAUGCCAAUAUGUUUGCCAGCAGAGGGAGCCACAUACAUCACUGGCAUGAUGGGACUGGUGUCAGGCUUUGGCAUUAUGGAAAUUUACCCCCCACGGAUAACAAAGAAGCUUAAGUAUGUGCAACUCCCUGUGGUGGAGCAAGACACAUGCCGUGAAUCUGUCAAAAAGUUGAAGAAGACAAGGAACAACUUACCAAGUCUGACAGAUAACAUGUUUUGUGCUGGAGUCCCUGAAGGUGGGAAAGACACCUGUCUUGGGGACAGUGGAGGUCCCUUUGCCCUGAGAGACGACGGACAGUUCUGGGUUGCUGGGAUUGUCAGCUGGGGGGUUGACUGUGGACAACAGGGAAGAUACAGAGUUUAUACCAAAGUCACCAACUACCUGGACUGGAUCAACAAAACUAUGCAGGAGAACUAAAUUCACAGUAAUUUAUUACAUGAUGUGAAGAUUAAUAAAACACAAGUAAAAACGAAAACAUUUACAAUAAAAUAAGGAAAGAGAUAUCUAAACAUAACUAAAAAAAGUUAUGAAUUAACAUAAUCUUCUAGUUGAUUAUCAAAUGAUCAAUUUCUACUUAUCAUGAUUAGAACCAUCUGCAAACUUCCUAAAAUUAUUCAAUGAAUGUCACACUGAUUGUGAAGUCAUUGCACUGUAAAAGCUUUUUUUUUUAAAUAAAGUGACAUUAUACAGA